AUGGGAGAAUUAGAUACCAAACUCGGAGAAGUUUCCCUCAAUGAGUCAACAAUAUAUCAAGCCACACCUUUCGGCAAAGAGAUGGCCAAGCAUUUUCUUUUCGAGCCAGGAUGGAGAAAUCUAAAUCACGGUUCCUUUGGCACUGUUCCUCGUGCCAUUCGUGAGAAGCAAAGAAAGUAUCAGGAUGAUUCGGAAGCUCGUCCCGAUGACUUCAUCCGAUAUACAUAUCCUCGAUUACUCGAUGAGUCACGGGAAGCUUUGGGGAAGCUUCUGAAUGUUCUCACUGGUACUGUGGUAUUUGUUCCCAAUGCUACGACUGGUGUUAAUACCGUUCUUCGAAAUUUGGUUUGGGACGAGGAUGGAAAGGAUGAGAUCCUUUACUUUUCUACUAUAUAUGGUGCUUGUGGUUUGACUAUCAAAUAUGUUUCAGAAGCAAACCGUGGCCUUGUUCAACCCAGACAGAUUGCCUUCCAAUAUCCUAUCGAGGACGAUGAACUCGUUGAAUUAUUCGAACAAGCCAUUGAAACUUCAAAGGCAGAGGGCAAGCGACCUCGUGCUGCUGUUUUUGAUAUUGUGGGAUCGCUUCCUGGAUUGAGAGUCCCUUACGAAAAGUUCAUCGCCAUCUGUAAAAGGGAAGGCAUGUACUCUAUCGUUGAUGGAGCUCAUGGAAUUGGUCACGUAUCGCUCAAUCUAUCAGAUCUUGACCCCGAUUUCUUCGUCAGUAAUUGUCACAAGUGGCUCUACGUUCCCAGAGGUUGCGCGGUAUUUUAUGUGCCCUUACGAAAUCAAGAUUUGAUGAGAACGACGUUACCUACCUCACAUGGAUUCGUUCCUCAGGGACCUAGACCAUUCAAUCCAUUACCACCCAACACCAAGAGUGAGUUUGUGAAUCAAUUCGAAUUUGUUGGUACCAUCGAUAACACCAAUUACCUCUGCACCGCGGAAGCCAUCAAAUGGCGCAAAGAAGUCUGCGGUGGUGAGAGGGCUAUCAUUGACUACUGCAGCAAUUUAUCACGAGAAGGUGGUAAAGCUAUUGCCAAAAUACUGGGUACGGAGGUCCUGGACAAUCGUACCUAUACUUUGACCGAUUGCUGUCUUGUUAAUGUAUUAUUACCAUUGGAAAUCGGAACAUCGGAUAUCGAGGGAUUCUUCAAGGUUAAUGAAGAUUCAAAGAUGCAAGCAUAUCAAUGGAUGUUGGAGACGUUGAUGAAAGACUACAAGACAUAUAUCGCAAUAGCGUUCUUGAAUAAUAAAUGGUGGGCGAGACUCAGCGGACAAGUAUAUCUCGAAAUGGAGGAUUUCGAAUGGGCAGGCCACAUACUCAAAGAAUUGUGCGCGAGAGUUGGGAAUGGAGAAUACCGGUAUCUACUCGAGUAA